UUCUCUUGUUCAGAGCAAAGGGAGAGGCAUAUAUAAAUCAACCUGUAGGAAGAGCUGCUCUGAGUUAGUAAACAAAGAAGAAACAGAGGACAAGAGAUCAGGAAAAGCUUUCAGCCCCCUGGAGAGCAGCCACUGGUGACAAAUCCCUUUGGAGUUGUGCUGUUUUGAUCUCUUGUUGCAAUGCCGGGUACAGCAAGGCAUGACCGAGAGAUGGCAAUCCAGGCUAAAAAGAAUCUGUCCAAAACGACCGACCCUGUAGAAAGACUUCGACUGAAGUGCUUAGCAAGAGGGUCUGCGGGCAUCAAAGGACUUGGCAAAGUAUUUCAGAUUAUGGAUGAUGACAACAGCAGGACCCUUGAUUUCAAAGAAUUUGUGAAAGGAUUAAAUGAUUAUGCUAUGAUGAUAGACAAGGAAGAAGCACAAGAGAUUUUCCGGAUAUUUGAUAAAGAUGGCAGUGGAACAAUUGAUUUUGAUGAAUUUCUUGUUACACUGAGACCUCCAAUGUCAAAUGCCAGAAAAGAGAUCAUCAUGCAGGCAUUUAGGAAGUUAGAUAAAACUGGAGAUGGUGUUGUUACGAUUGAAGAUUUACGGGGGGUGUAUAAUGCAAAACACCAUCCCAAAUACCAAAACGGAGACUGGACAGAAGAUCAAGUUUUUAGGGCCUUUCUGGAUAAUUUUGAUUCUCCUUAUGACAAAGAUGGGAAGGUCACAACAGAAGAAUUCAUGAACUACUAUGCAGGAGUCAGCGCCUCAAUAGACACCGAUGUCUAUUUUAUCGUCAUGAUGAAGAAUGCUUGGAAACUUUGAUUGUAUGAUUAAAUGAACAAGACUUUACUUCCAUAUUUUGUAGGUUCCCAUGAUUAAGUGUAUGCACAACAACAUGCUCAUUUUCCCAAACAGCAGCUUCCUGUAACUGUGCCAAUUACAGUCAAUCUAAGGAAGUAAUUCCCAGAUGCUUUGGUAGGCUGAGCCUCAGGGGAUGGACAGCACAAUCAGAGAGCAGAUCUGGCAUCCAGACACUGUACAGAUCUCUCCCUUUUCUGCCUGCAUCCUUCACACAUCUUCCUUGAGAUGAGCUGCUUUUCUCACAUCACAGUUUUUCCCCUGGUUCUUUAAUGUUUUCUCCCUCCAUCUCUGUUGGGCAAGGGAUGCAAGAGGAGGAAAAUGAGACGUUCUGGGAGGGUGAUGGCCUGAUGCAGCACCAGAGACAGUGUCCCAGGAGGGACCAGCCUCCUCAGUACAUUCUAGAGGGACAGCACUCCUCUACUGCAAUACCUCCCGUCUUCCAAGCUCUCAUCAGCAGGACAGAGCAGCUGCCAGAGUGCUAUACUUUGAGUGUGGGUGGCUGAAGGAGGAACAAAUCAAGCAGGAGAGACAUGGACCAAUUUUUGGCAUUGAAGAUUCUUUUAAACCCUGAUUUUUCUGUGACUUACAACCAAUAAUGCUCAAUAUGCAGCCUAUUUCCUUCACAUCCCUUGCUUCAAAUAUGUGUUGAUCUGUUGGUUGUUUCUGUGCCUUUGGUUUAUUUCUUUUUGUACUCUGAAACCAUUUCACUAAUGGUUUGCUUUAAGGGAUAAAAUUGUGUUACAGCGUUUUCUUCCCUCUGUUCCUGGAAUGUUUACCAGCUGUGUACCUGCUGUCCAUACACACCGACACUGAAAGUUGCUUACUGCUUUUUAUACUUGUGUUGGGUUAUGGCCAAGCUCAUGACUUCAGGAAACUUUCUGGGAACUUAAGAACUUAAAACUUACUUAUCAUCUUUUGUUUCUGAUGCUGUGUGAAGGAUGGGAACUGACAUCUCUCCUGCUGUCCUAUCUGCACCAGUAGGGCUGCCUGAGUUCUGAGAUCUGCUGGCCUCCCCUCAUGCCGCAAGUAGGGAAAUAGCACAAUAAGGAAACAUUUUCAAAAGUGGCACCUGGGAAGGGUUCCCCCUUCUAAUCUGUAUCUAAUUAUUCCUGCCUUAAUUUCUUUUGCUUUUGUCUUAUUUCUGUUUCUCUCAUGUCAUGCUGCUGUUCUCUCCGAUUGAGCUGUUGCUGCUGUGGCAGAGCAAAAAAUUUGUGCACAGCAGCAUUUGCUCUGUUUCAGGUUGGCAGCCAGCUAAAAGCAGUAUAGACUUAUACACUGUACUUUCAAAUGAGCCUCAAGUCUCUGCUCUUACUUAGUCUAGCUUCCUAGGAGUUCAAGUACUGCAGCCCUGAAUGCACUGGUCCUCUGCAAGAUCAACUUGUGUUUUUUUUUUUUCCCUAGCCAUUACCUCAGUAGAAGCCAUAGAAGUUUGCAGCUGC